CGCGCGAUUUUUGCCACUGCUGCCGGGGCGGGGGCGGCAAGAUGGCGGACGGGUUUGGCGGCAAAGAGAAAUGCAGCGACCAGAGGCUGGUCUCGCUACCCUUAUCUCGCAUUCGAGUGAUCAUGAAGAGCUCCCCAGAGGUGUCCAGCAUCAAUCAGGAGGCACUGGUGCUCACGGCCAAGGCCACGCAUGGAGGAGAACUCUUUGUUCAGUAUCUAGCCACCUAUUCCUACAAACAUGGCAGUGGAAAAGAGAAGAAAGCACUUAUUUACAGUGACUUAUCAAAUACUGCAGAAGAGUCGGAAACCUUUCAAUUUCUUGCAGAUAUAUUACCAAAGAAGAUUUUAGCCAGCAAAUACCUGAAAAUGCUUAAAGAAGAGAAGGGGGAAGGAGAGGAAGAAGAAGAUGAGGAGGAGGAAGAAGAGGAGGAAGAUGAAGAUGAUGAGAGUGAGGAUGAAGAAGCUGAAUCUUAAAACAUAAAAUGCAACACCUUA